AUGGUCCCGCUUCCGCUCUUCAAGCUUGCGGCGCUCUUCGUUCGCCACAUAUCCAAAUAUGGCGCGAACCAAAUCAAGGCAGCCGCGCACGACCACCCGCGCUUUCGAGCUUUUGCGGCGCGGCACGGUCAGUCGAUACACCAGUUGAACAUGAGGCUGUCCGUCGCCUCUCUCCGGAACGUUGAUGCGGAGCUGCGAGCCAAAGACCUAGCCGAGGCGCCGACGGUCAAGACAAAAGAGCAAAUAGAGAAGGAGGAGGUGGCGAAAAAGGAGGUAGCAAAGAAGGAGAGUUCGUCGAGCAGCAGCAGCAGCAGCAGCAGCAGCAGUGGCGGCACGUCGCGUGCGGCCUUCAUCUUCGAGUACUGGAGGGGCUCCCAGAAGCCGGACCAGAACUCGGAGAAGAUUAGCCAGCUGACGGAGAAGGUGGACGAGCUAAGGAAGCGGGAGGAAGAGCUGCUGGCCCUGGAAGAGAAGCGGAGCGCGAGGGUGGAUCAGCUGGAAGAAGCGCUGAGGGCACUGCGAGACCCGAAGACUAAGAAGCCGCUCCUCCCGACGCUGCAGCCGAGCGAGCCUCAACCCAGCACAUGA